CAUAUUUCAGCAACCGAGACCCCCCACAUCGAGGCCGGCCCUUUCUGCGUUCCGCUGCUUCGCCGUGGAUAACGAGAACAGCCCCGGCGGUGCAUCGCGGUGGCCAUCGGCUGCGGGAUCCGGGAGCGUGCCGACGCGGAGGAAGAUCUCCGCCUUUACCUCGCAGAGAUCUCUCUCCCUACGCCGUAAGACCCAACUGAUCUUUGCUACAGCCACGGAAGAUUCUGCAAGGGCAUAGGGUUUCUUCCACCACCGACGCCUGCUUUGUCCCCACCCUCCCUCUCGCUUUCUCCAGUGCCGAUCCUCGGCCCGUAGCCACGCCCUCCCUGACGCUGAACGGCCCUCCCUAAAUCGAUCAGGACGAAGAGAGUAGUGGCGGCGAAUAUCCGUUCCAUGCUUUGAGAUUGGAGAAAACCACGUGUCCUCUUACCGAUAACCUCUUUAUUACGAAUGGCCCAUGUAUAGUUUUGAUCCCUAAACACCUAUUUUGUUCCCCUCUUCCCCCAAUUGGAUUUCAAUUGCUCCUUCUCCCCUUCCUGGAGACCACUUGCGUCCCUGAUUCAUCAGGUUCAAAUCGUUCACGAACCGUUAUCGGGAACAAUAAUCGUUCCUGAACAAGCCUAUAAUUUUGUUAUAUGUAUCGGUUUUAUCGUCCCAGGCGGUGGUGAUCACAUGUAGGGGAUUAUACGGUUGCGUGGUGAGUCAAGAAGGAUGUCACUUCAGGAAAGCCUCAAUAGAUUUAAGCAACAACAGGAGAAAUGCCAGUCAACUCUCAGCAGUAUAGCAGCUCGAGCUGCACCUUCGAAGGCUGCUCAGCCAUACAAAGCAACACCUUCAUCAGCUCCUCCAAAAGUUAUAGCAUCAGUGAAGUUCUCAAAUGAUACAGAAAGGCUGCAACACAUUAAUGCAAUUAGAAAGUCUCCUGUCGGUGCACAGCUUAAACGUGUUAUUGACCUACUUUUUGAGACAAGACAAGCAUUCACACCAGAAGACAUAAAUGAAGCAUGCUACGUUGAUGUAAAUUCUAAUAAGGCCCUGUUUGAUAGUUUGAAGAAAAACACUAAAGUGAAGUACGAUGGGAAGCGCUUCUCCUACAAGUCCAAGUAUGAUAUAAAGGGAAAAGAUCAACUGCUUUCACUGGUAAGAAAGUACCCAGAGGGGCUACAAGUUGUGGAGGUCAAAGAUUCAUAUCCAUCUGUUUUGGAAGACUUGCAGGCUUUGAAGGCGGCUGGCCAGGUCUGGCUAUUGUCCAACAUGGACUCUCAGGAGGACAUUGUCUACCCAAAUGACCCUAAGGUGAUGAUCAAAGUGGAUGAUGAUUUAAAGCAACUCUUCCGUGGAAUCGAGUUGCCAAGGGACAUGGUCGACAUCGAAAAGGAGCUUCAGAAGAACGGCAUGAAACCCGCCACCAACACCGCAAAGAGGCGGGCGAUGGCGCAAGUUCAUGGUGUCACCUCCAAGCCCAAACCGAAGAAGAAACGUGAAAUCACCAGGAGGACCAAGCUGACCAACGCCCAUCUUCCGGAGCUCUUUCAGAACCUGAACGUUCCGGAUUCUUGAUGCGGAUCUGGACCUCUCUAACUAUUUCAAAGGCGGUAAUGCUUGAAUUACUUUAUUGUCUAAUAGAUGCAUGCAAUAAUUACCAUAGAAUCUAUUUGCGUUUAUGAUUGGAUGUAUUUUUCAUUGCGGAGAUAUGUUUGGAUACUGGUCUUUUAUAUUGCUUCGAUAGAUGAUGAAGAAACCAUGUCUACCGUUCCAUUGAA